AUGCAUUCCAUUUUCUUUUCUCCUCAACAGCCCACAAAGCAUCCAGCCUUUACCGAGUAUGCGUACGUACAACCUCCUGUCGAUUGCAGUCCUAGUGCUCGGAUUUUGCCUCAUGAAGCUGAGGACUACGCCAGCGACGACAAAGGUCUCUCACGAGGUCUCAAGACCACCAAGACCGACAACCAACAAGAUGAGGAGAGACUGAAUUUUUCCUUUGUCAAGAAGCUCCCGGUGGUAUCGCAGUUGAGAGCAGCUGCCGCGGCACGGAAGACCGCAGCUCAGGCAAAACAGGCUGAACUAAGUGCGUUGUUCAAGAUCACAGACCCUCGAGACCACAUAACUUUUCAGAAGUUUCAGAUGUGGAGGAAAUACAAGUAUUCGCCACAGCAAGCGGGGGAGAUGAUGGCCACGUUUAAGGUUGACCCGUAG